GGUAGAUAGAAGACUUCUAACCGACCUACAAGAUGAAGGUUGCUGUUAUCGUCGCUUUCCUCAGCCUUUCCUGUGCGGCUAUGGAGCCUAAAAUUUACCAGCCUGCAAAGGAAAUAUUACGUGAGCUGGCUUUAAAACCAAAGUUUCAGGACUAUUUCCCACGUAUCGUGAAUGGUCAGCAAGCCUCCCCAGGAGCAUGGCCAUGGCAGGUGUCCCUCCAAUUACAACAAUCUCAAAACGUGUAUCAUAUUUGUGGAGGAUCUCUUGUCAGACCAAACUUGGUUGUCACUGCUGCACACUGUGUUGAUGGGCAAGUACGUAGAAAUUUGCGGAUUGAAGCUGGUAUCCAUAGAGUGAGCGAAACGGGGGCAACUAGCGCCAUCAGUAGAAUAAUAAUGCAUCCACAGUACUCCUCCAGCGGUGCCGGUUUCCCUAACGACAUAGCCCUGUUGGAACUGGACUCACCUUUUACCUUAGGAGGAGACAUUAAACUGGCCACCUUACCUACUGACUCUAACGAGGACUUCACCAACAACCCUGACUGCUACAUCACGGGGUGGGGGAGAACUUCAGGAGGUGGCCCCACUUCCGACGUUUUGAUGGAAGCUCAGAUGACUAAUAUCGCGAAUACUGAGUGUCAAUCUCGCUGGUCAUAUGUCAACGGCGCCGCCAUUUAUGAUACCCAUAUCUGCCCUUUUGAACCGAGUAAAUCUGCUUGCAAUGGAGACAGUGGGGGUCCCUACGUCUGCUCGAAAAAUGGUGCUUACAUGUUGGCCGGAGUUACCUCAUGGGGCAUCAGCACCUGCGAUGGAACGUUCCCAAGUGUGUAUACCAGAGUGUCCAAGUAUCUGGACUGGAUGGCCAAUUACAUCUAAAUCGGAUUUUAUAAUCUUGGUUAGAAAAUAAAAUUGCAAUUCCAACGUA